UUAAAGACAAAAGAGCUAUCGUUGGAAGUCAAAGUUUGAGACCUCAAGUCAUCAUCAUCUAUCUACCUUCAUCCAUGACCCACUCUGAAUUGUGAUGUUGAUUUGAGGUCUUCUCUCUUCCGCUUCUCUGAAAUGGGUCUGCAUCAUCACAGAAAGUUGAUGCCAUUGCCAGAAAUCUGCGGGUCAAUUUGCCAUGUGAAGAAGUCUGAGCUUUGUUCAUCAGAUUGCAAAGUUUGCCUCAAGAUCUGCCUAACCAAUUAUUCUCCUCCAACGCUACCACCACAAGUUCCUCCUUUUCAAUCAUAUGAUGAUGGUGCAGCAGAUCAAGCAUACAACCACAAAAUCUCCACCUAUUUGUUCCUUGCACUUGCUCUUCUAACUGCUGCUUUCUUUGUCGUUUGUUGUCGUGCCAUCUAUACCAGGUUUAGCUCAAGGAGGAGGGUAUCAUCAACAUCAGGGCGCCAAAACCAAACACACCAUGAUGAUGAUGAUUUUGUUGAUGAAGAGAAUGGCCCUAUGGUGGACCACCCCAUAUGGUAUAUCCGCACCCUUGGCCUUCAGCAAUCGAUUAUCAAUGCCAUCACAGUUUGUAAGUAUAAGAAAGGAGAGGGCUUGAUUGAAGGAACGGAUUGUGCUGUUUGCUUGAGUGAGUUUCAAGAGGACGAGAAUCUCAGACUUUUGCCAAAAUGUCACCAUGCUUUUCAUCUUCCUUGUAUCGAUACCUGGCUUAGGUCUCAUACCAAUUGUCCUAUGUGCCGGGCUCCAAUUGUUGCUGACCUUGCAACUGCAAGGAUGGAGUCUAGUUUUGUUGAUUCAAGUUCCUUGGAAAACAGCCACAUGGAAGUUUUGGAAAAUAGUGCUCCUGAUUCUGAAUUGAUGAAUAAUAGGGCAGAGGAGGAAGAAGGCCAAUUGGAAGUUGAAGAUGGAGUGAGGGUUUGUGAAACUGAAACCCCAGUUGAAGAUGUGGCAAGCACUCUUCCUAGAAGUUCGGUUUCUCUGGAUUCUUUUUCUUUUGCAAAUUUCAAUCUUGCUCUUGCAACAGUAGAGUCUAAUGGUAACUCAAAAAGAGUGCUGGGAGGUGUGGAUGAUGAUCCUACUGCUUCAAAGGGGGUUAUUGGAAACGAUUUGGCAACUAGUUCCAAAGGUAGCUCCUCUUUCAGGUUAGCGAGAUAUCUGCAGGGUGUUCCUAGUUCUUCAGUGAAAAGGUCACAGUCCUUUAAUGGGAAAUACCUUCUAUCCUGGUAUGGCUGCAGUCAGAAGAAGCCAAAUGCUCCUCUGAGAAGCUUUUGAUAAUGUUGUCCUACUAGCUUAUGUUAACUUGCGUACUAAAAUGUUUAUGUAACUCUCAACAAGGUGAGAGCUUCAAAUUUUAAUUUCUGCAUGAAGCAACUUAUGUGAUGCUCAAGUGUAUAAUAGUAAAUCAGUAAGUUGCAAAUAAAUAUUGUGGAAUUUUUGCUCAGAUUGUUCCAUGUAUGAUGAUGUCUUUACAUGAAAUUGUGAUUUUCUAGAA